AUGUCCAUCUACGCCUUGGACGACUCUACUCGUCAACUUCUACAAGAAGAAAACUUUCUGGGCCGGUUUUCCCCCAAAGACCUCGUUGAGCAACUCUCUCACAACGGCGACGCUCCUCCCGCCAACGAGUCGACGCUCGAGUCUCUCGAUCCGAAACCUUACAUUCGUACGUUUGAAGCUGCUCUGAAUGAAUUGAAACGACUAAGAGAACAAGUUUCGUCCCGUGAGAAUGAUGUCGCCGGCGACGUGGAUCAGGCCGAGCUGACCCAUUCGAGAAUCGUUCUCAAUCUCCAAAAGUCGGUCCAGUCUACAGUCUCCGAGUACACCGACAUGGAGCAGUUGAUGGCCGAGGUGAGCAAACAGACGUCCUCUCUGGGCGACAAAAUGGACCGUAUUUCGGGCCAGCAUCAAAAGGCCAUUGCAUCGCAUUUCCUCAUCAACUGUUACCUUUCGUUUGUAAAGAAGAGCAGCUGUUUGGAGCUCGAGAGAAUGUGGAAAGACGGUCCCAGUGGUCAGCGAAAGUGUGCCACCUACGUGCGCCAAUUAUUGAUUCUGUCGUCGAAGAUCGACACUGUGGAGGCUUGUCGACGAGCCCAGAGUGAUAUUGAGAAGUUUGCAGAGAAAAUCGAGAAGGAUUUACUCGAUGUGUUUGACCAGGCAUACAGAAACGCCGAUAUGCUGAUGAUGAAGGACUCGGCCGACGUCCUGACGGACUUCAACGGCGGAACGAACGUUAUUAUGGCGUUUGUCAACCAGCAUGACUUCUUUAUUGCUCAGGAUAAAGUGGUGGCUGCCAACUCUGAGCCAGAUGAAGCUGUUCUCAAAGAACUGGCUGAUCCUAACAACUCCGAUCCCCAAUUCGACCAUGUGACCGAAGAGCUCUGUUCCGAGGUUGUUUCUGUGGUCAACACCGAAACCGAGAUCAUCAAGCGUGUUUUCAAGGAGCCCGUGGUUGUUUUGCAGGUGUUCCUUCAGCGAGUAUUUGCCCAGCGAAUCCAGCAGCGAAUCGAGCUGUUUCUGAGCUCUGCAGAGGCCAUGAGUACCCUUGCAUACGUCAGAUCGCUGCAUCUGGCUUACAAUGUGGUCUCUAGUUUGGUGAAGAAGUUGAAGGACUUCUUUUCGUCGGAGAACCUCGACACUCACGAUUCCCUGGCAGCUCUGCUUGACCAGAACUUUGCCGACAUCUUCAUUCCCCAUAUCGACAAGAAUCGGUACUUUGAGAGCGAAAAGAAGUCACUUAGUGAGCUCAUUUCUGCUGCUCUAUGGAAGUUCGCCGAGUUCCACGAAAAGAAGUCAUCACACAAAGAAGGUGGUCUGCUUGGUCGAAUCACCCAUUCUCUUGACAACGAAGACAACAAGGGUAUCGGCAACUUCAUGCGAAACUUCAGAGACAGAAACGAGCGUCACAGCACUCCUGACUCGCCUGUUCCUCUGGAGCCAGAAGAUGGAGAGAUUAAGAUUGAUGUAGUGCAAAUGUGUCUGAAGUGUCUGGCUGAGAGUAUUCAGCGAGUGCUUGAACUGGCACACCAGAAUGAAAUCAACGACUGUGUGGUUUCUCUGCAUGACCUGCUGAUUGAGUCAGUGGGUAAGAGUUACAUUGAGACCGGUCUGGACGAUGCCAUUGUGUCUCGUGACAUGAAGACCAUCUCUUUUGUGCAUCUCAAGACGAUCCGACGAGUUCUGACUGCCAUUCGACUCAUGUCCGUUGUGAUCAACUCUGUGAUUGUCCCUUUGACCGAUUCUCAUGGUCAAGGAAGACGAUACAUUGUCAUGCAGACCAAUAAUUUUUUUACAAAGUGCGAAGAGAAGAUCAAUUCAAUUCUGCAGGUGACCUUGGACAUUGUUUCUGCUCGAGUUACUGUUCUGUUGAGCAAGCAGAAGAAGCGAGACUUUCUACCAAAGGAAGACACCCCUACACAUCAGCCCACUAGCACUUGUCUCGAGCUGAUUUCUUUCCUCACAGAAGUGCACGAUGCCGGUGCCAUCUUUCUCAUUGAGCAAACACUCAAACAGUUCCUAUUCCAUGUUGGAAUCGAAUUUAGAGAUGCUCUUCUUGAGCAUCUUAAAAAGUUUACCGUCUCUGUGGCUGGAGGCUCGAUUCUGAGCAUGGAUAUGGCCAACUACACCAAGAUGGUCAACUCGUGGGGCAUCUCUGAGUUGUCUGAGGCGUUUGUGAUUGUGAACGACCUGGCUGGUAUUUUCGCAGCUGAGCUGGCCAUGGUUAACUCACUGGUCAAGGAGGGUCCUCUGAGUAAGACCAAGCCGUUUAUUCUGAAGGAGUAUCUGAGUAAACGAAGUGAUUAUCAGGGAGGAACGGUGAACAAGAUGUUUGCAGCAACGAAUAAGAUCCAGGCGUUGGGUAUGAUGUAG